AUGAAUGUGUGUUCUCCUUCUAAAGUUUAAGGGCCAUCCCUUUUAAGAAAUCCUUUUUAAUAAGUUCGAUCUGUUAGUACUGAUUGUAAGUAUGCCACUUGGUAGUCACCAAAAAACAAAGAGAAUCUCUCUCCAAAUUAAUAAAGAGUGGAUUUAGUUAAAAAGAUUAUAGUACUACUUGAAGAAAAUGAGAAAUCAGCAGAACUCAUAAAAUAACUUUUAACAAAAGAAUCAAAAUACUAGAAAUAAAGAUCAAGUGAUUAGACUGAAUUAUCUUAAUUAAGAGAUGAAGUUGCUAUUCUUAAAGAAUAAUUGAUGUAAACUAAUUAUUUUUUAAUAUAUUAGUAAAUCUGAAGAGGAUAGAAUAUUAACAGAGACUAAAUACUAGGCUGUUUUAAAAGAAUUAGAUUAUAAGGAUUAAUAAAUUGAAAAUAAAAAAGAAACAAUUGUUGCUUAGGAAGAACAUAUUAAAUAACUUUUAGAGAGAAAUGCAGAAUUAACAGAAUAAUUAAAAUUCAGUCAAGAUGAAUUAAAUAAUUUAGGUGAUAUUGAUGAAAAGAUAGAUUUUAUACUAAAUGAAAAUGAAUAAUUAAAAUUUUUAAGUGACAAAUUACAAGAUUAAUUAAGUGCAUCUGAAGAAUAACUAUUUAGAUUUAAAUAAAAAAUAGAUUAAUUAUAAUCAUAAGAAACUGAAAGAAGUGAAGGUGCACUCAAUGGAUACAAAUAAAAGAUAAGAAACUUAGAAACUAAAUUAGCUGUAUUAUCAGAAGAUAAUGCACGUAGAAGGCAGAUUGUUUGA